GAGCCCUCAGCCCCCUCAGAGCCCUCAGCCCCUUCAGCCUCCUCAGAGCCCUCAGCGUCCCUCAGAGUCCUCAGCCCUUUAACCCCCUCAGGCCUUUCAGAGCCCUCAGCCCUCUCAGAAUUCUCAGCCCCCUUCAGCGCCCUCAACCCUCUCAGAGCCCUCAGCGCCCUUAGCCCAUUCAGCGCCCUCAGCCCUCUCAGAGCUAUCAGCACCCGCAGCCCUCUCAGCACCCUCAGCCCUCUGAGAGCCCUCAGCCCUCUGAGAGCCCUCAGAGCCCUCAGCGCCCCUCAGCCCUUUCAGCGCUCUCAGCCCCCUUCAGCGCUCUCAGCCCCUUCAGUGCCCUCAACCCUCUCAGAGCCCUCAGCCCUCAGCCCUCUCAGAGCCAUUAGCGCCCCUCAGAGCCCUCAGCCCCUUCAGUGCCGUCAGCCCCCUCAGCCCUUUUAACCCCUCAGAGCCCUCUACACCCUCGGCCCCUUCAGCCCUCUCAGAGCCAUCAGCGCCCCUCAGCCCCUUCAGCGCUGUCAGCCCUCUCAGAGCCUUCAGCCCCCUCAGAACCCUCGCCCUUUUAAAUUCCUCAGCGCCCCUCAGCCCCUUCAGCCCCCUCAGAACCCUCGCCCUUUUAAACUCCUCAGAGCCCUCAGCGCCGUCAGCGCCCCUCAGAGCCCUCGCCCUUUUAACCCCCUCAGCCCCUUCAGCCUCCUCAGCGCCUUCAGCGCCCCUCAGAGCCCUCAGCCCUUUUAACCUCCUCAGCGCCCCUCAGAGCCUUCAGCCCCUCAGCGCGGGAUGGCGGCGGCUGGCGGCGCUCGUGGCUCCCAGCCCGGCAUGGCCUCGGCGCCGGGCAGCGCUGGCGACACCUCCCUCCUCGGCAGCGCCACAGUGUGGCCCUUGAAGCGCUACGGGCGCUUCCUCCCCACGAAGGACGGUGGCGGUGAGGGGCAGAGCACCUCUUGGAAGGUGUUUGAAUCAAAUGAAGAUUCAGGCCCUCUUGUCCUUACCAUUGUGGAGUCUGGCCAUUUCUUUAUUUCCCAAGGGCGAACAGUGCUGGAAGGCUUUUCCCUGAUUGAUUCCCACAAGUGGCUGAAGAUAGUGAGGAGAGCAGACUGCCUGCUGUUCCGUGCACAGGCCAAGAACGAGUGCCGCAUGUUCCGCGUGCAGUUCGGAGGGAGCUCCAGGGAGGAGAUGCAGGAGCACUGCUGCAGCUGUGUGCACAAACUCAGCCAGCACGUCCCCGUGCAGGGGGCUGAGGAGCAGAGCCUCAGCCAGGACACCCAGGCCAUGGACACUGAGCACGCACCAGAUGAGCCUCUCCCAGACUCCUGCACCAGCCUUGGAGAAAGAAGAUCUAUAGCACAGCUUGCACAGUGGGCGCUGCGGCGGCGGCCGGCGCUGCCCCCGGCGCUGCGGCAGCCGGCCUGGAGCGCGCGGGAGCUGGGGCCCUUCAUCCGCCUCUGCCUCAUGGACCAGCACUUCCCAGCCUUCGUGGAGGACGUGGAGAAGGAACUGCACAGACUGGCCGAGGAAUGAGGCGCGCCUGGGCUCAUUAAAGGUUGAAAAAUGAGCCC